UCAAAUUUAUGGCAUUACACAAACCCUAAGAAACAGAAAUUCCACUUAUCUUUUCAAAAAGGGGAAACAAACCAAUCAAUCAGACUCACAAUUCGAGAGUUAGGGUUCUUGAGACAGUGGUGGAUUUUUGAGUUUGGGACUUCAAUGGCAACAACGCAAUCAAUGUACUCGCUUCCAGUUCUAGCUCGCCCCGAAAUCAUCGGAAUUUUAGCUGAAUACCAGAUUAUCAACAUCUCCGAUUCCGAUCUCACUAACCCUACUUCUAAUUUCGUCUUCAGUCUCUACACUUCCCUAUUACUUCACCUCGAUUCUCUCCAGGAAGAUCCUAGUCAGGUUGAUUUCGAGGCGUUGGAGCGCUUCGAGAAUCCUGAUAUGCAUGUUGAUGCCAUUAGAGCAAUCAAUUUGUAUAGGAAAAUUAAGGAUGUUUUAGCUGCGAUUGAGUGCCCAAUUAGUUUCACCUUACCUGAUUUGAUCCGCCCCGACUCGAAUCGUACUGUCAAGUUUGCCUCGGCUAUCAUCAACUUCUUCCUUCAUAAAGAUUCAAAAUUGGGUAUGCUAAAGCCAUUUGCUGAGGAACUCAAUGUACUAGAAGAGGAGCGCAAGCAACGCGAGGAUAAAAUUUCACUGUUUGGAGAAGAAAUCGCAGCAUUCAAUGAAGCAAGAGAAAGGGAAAAACCUUUGGUCCAAGAAGCUGAGGCUAAGGUAAAGGAAUUGCAGCAAAACCUUGAUAAUCUCAACAGCUAUCAGUUGAUUUUGAGGAAGGAGCGUCAAGCAAUGAAGGAGAAGGCUGAAGAAUUGGAAAACACUGUUAAAAGGUCAGAGUAUGAACUCAUCCAAGCUACACAAGAGAAUGCUACUUUACGUUCUAAAAUUGUGCAAUCACCAGACAAACUUCAGAGGACGUUAGAGGAGAAAAAAGUAGUUCAAAUGGAGGCAAAGGAUUCUGAAAGGCUAGCUUUCCAAAGUUUUCAAGAAAAGACUACAGUUUUGGAGGUUUAUACAAAGGCUUCGCAGAAAAUGACAAAGCAGUUGGCUCAGAUGCAAGCAAUACAAGAACAGGUGAAUUCUUACAAAUCUGCUGAAAAGGAUGUUAAGCAACUGAAGUCUAAGUUGAGUGAUGAUCAAAUGCUGGAGAAAUCACUUGAAGCCAAAGUAGUUGAAUCCCAGGCCAAAGCUAGACAGUCGGAUGAACAAAAACUUCUCAUAGAACAGGAGGCAAAGCUGAGACAUGAGGAGGACACAAGGUUAUUGAAUAAUGCAAAGUUGGAGGCAGAAUCACGGAAACAUGAUCUGGAAACAUGGGGAAGGAAGAUUGAAACUGUGGUAGCUGAGGUUGAUUCCAUAAAAGAAAAGACCAAGUCAACAAAGGAUCAUGCAGCAGUGACACAAGCAGAGUUGCUGAAAAAAGGUGAAGCGAUAGUAAAUGAGCUAAAUUUGUACACAAGCUCUACUGCACAAGUAAUGUCAAACAUGAAGUUGCAAAUGACUGCGCCAGGGAAUUGAGCUUAUCCUCACCCACCACACAUAUUGACAAUGGAUUGGAUGCGAGGCCAAUCAUGUUGUAAAUAUUUAGGUCCUAUGUACAUGUACUUAAUCUCUAUACUAACUUCGUUUUCUUGAAGUCUACCCAUUUACUAUUUAUGUAGUCAAAGUUAAAUAUCUUUGAUCUUGUCUUUGAAUUAUGUAAAAUGAAUAUCAUUAUCAUGUAGGAUUGUUUUGAUAUAUAAUUUCGUAUAUAAUAUCAAUUAUUUUAGAAUUUUUAUACUA